CUCAGUCGCGGUCGCGGUCGCCGCGCGCCGGAGAGGACUCGCCUCGGUACUAUAAACCUUCUCUCGCUCGCCUUCUAAUACAGCUUCGGCCACCCCCGCUUUCUCGUCCCCCUCUGCCUGCACACGCCGGACAGGGGGCCCACAUGGAUCUCGAGGCGGCAGCUCCUCCCCGGCCCCGCGGCGGCUCCCCGGCGACCGCCCCACUACCGCCGGCCAACAGAGAGACCGACGUUGGCAAUGUUCGCAAGAAUAUAUUCCUUGCGUACAAGACUCUUGGCGUGGUUUUUGGUGGCCUCGUUACUUCUCCCCUCUAUGUUUAUCCCUCAAUGAACUUGUCAUCUCCUACAGAAGCUGACUACCUGGGAAUAUACAGCAUAAUGUUUUGGACUCUUACUUUAAUUGGUGUGGUCAAGUAUGUAGGCAUAGCUCUCAAUGCUGAUGACCAUGGUGAAGGUGGUACAUUUGCAAUGUAUUCUUUGUUGUGUAGGCAUGCCGAUAUAGGCAUCCUUCCUUCCAAGAGAGGGUAUUCAGAAGAAGAACCAUUUCUUCAUGAGCAGUCAGCAACAGCUAUAAGGCCUAGUAAGCUGGGCAAGUUCUUUGAGCGAAGCAUAACUGCAAGAAGGGUAUUGUUAUUCAUGGCAAUUCUUGGGAUGUGCAUGCUCAUUGGAGAUGGAAUCCUAACUCCUGCUAUUUCAGUGUUAUCAGCAAUUGAAGGACUAAGAGGACCAUUUCCUUCUGUUAGUAAACCUGUUGUGGAAGCUCUAUCUGCAGCAAUUCUUAUUGGUGUAUUCUUGCUGCAAAAGUAUGGGACUUCAAAAGUGAGCUUUCUGUUUUCUCCAAUCAUGGCAGCAUGGACUUUCACCACUCCAAUUGUUGGAAUAUACAGCAUUGUUCGUUACUACCCGGGCAUUUUCAAAGCCAUUUCGCCACAUUAUAUUGUUCAUUUCUUCCUAAGAAAUAAAAAACAAGGAUGGCAGCUGCUUGGUGGGACUGUUCUAUGUAUCACAGGUGCAGAAGCUAUGUUUGCAGAUCUUGGCCACUUCAGCAAAAAAGCUAUUCAGAUAGCAUUUCUAUCCAGCAUAUAUCCUUCUCUGGUCCUCACUUAUGCCGGGCAAACAGCAUACCUUAUUAACAAUGUCAAUGACUUCAGUGAUGGAUUCUACAAAUUUAUCCCUCGGCCAGUUUACUGGCCGAUGUUUGUCAUUGCAACACUAGCAGCAAUUGUUGCAAGCCAGUCCUUAAUAUCGGCAACAUUUUCUGUCAUCAAGCAAUCAGUUGUCCUGGACUACUUUCCACGUGUUAAAGUGGUGCACACAUCACAUCAAAAGGAAGGGGAGGUUUACUCACCAGAAAUUAAUUACAUUCUGAUGGUACUAUGUGUUGGUGUUAUACUAGGCUUUGGAGGUGGAAAGGAGAUAGGGAAUGCUUUUGGUGUUGUUGUCAUCAUGGUUAUGCUCAUAACUACAAUCAUGCUCACUCUUGUGAUGAUCAUCAUAUGGAGAACACCACCUGUUUUUGUCGGGAUGUUUUUCAUUCCAUUCGUCAUUAUGGAAGGGUCCUAUGUCAGUGCCGUUUUCACCAAGAUCCCUGAAGGUGGUUGGCUUCCUUUUGCAGUUUCCAUGAUCCUUGCAUUGAUCAUGUUCGUCUGGUACUAUGGUAGGCAAAGGAAAAUAGAGUACGAAAUGGCGAACAAGAUAACCAUGGAGCGCCUUGGUCAGCUCUUGGCAAUGCCUGAGGUCCAGAGGGUCCCGGGCUUGUGCUUCUUCUACAGCAACAUACAGGACGGGCUAACUCCUAUACUUGGCCAUUACAUCAAGAACAUGAGCUCACUGCAUACAGUCACAAUUUUUGUGACCCUGAGGUACCUGCUGGUUUCCAAAGUUGAUCAACGGGAAAGGGUCCUGAUCAAGAGGCUCGGACCUAGGGGGGUGUACCAGUGCACCGUCCAGUAUGGCUACGCUGACAACCUGAGCCUCAAAGGAGGCGAUGAUCUUGUCGCACAGGUUAUGAGAUGCCUGAAGCGGCACAUUGCGAUGAGCACCGACCGGCGUUCAUCUGUUUCUACGGAGGAAGAGAUCGCUAACCUGGAGGCGGCGAGUUUGGCCGGGGUGGUGCAUGUCCGGGGCAAGAUGAGGUUCUAUGUGGGUGACGAUGCCGGCUGUUUUGACAAGGUCAUGCUCCGAUCCUACGAGUUCUUGCAUAGCAUCUGCAGAUCGGCACUGCCAGCUCUCGGGAUGCCUCUGCAGCAGCGAGUUGAGAUCGGCAUGUUGUACAAGGUUUGAGGCGCUGCAUCAACUGUUUUUUGUAUGAAUCUCAUGAACAUGGUCACUCUCCACAAUAUACCGUCAUGUCGGAAAUGUCAUUUGUGUUGGCCACGCCAUAUUUUUUGCAAGCAAUGACACGGUUGGUGCACAUCUUUUGUAAAGAUUUUUGAACUGACAUUUAGAAGACAAGUGGGCCUGAACUAUUGGAUUAUUUGGCAUCUCAAUUCCUGGUAUAUAAGACAUAAGAGUGAUGGCACGAAAGUUGGGCCAACAAAGCGGGAGAAGGGUACCGUGAAGUCAGCGAAAAGUACCACCAUGUCUCCUGUAAGAAAUUCUGGGAAGGUUUGACCAGUUCAGUAGGAAACCUGUCAAGAACUCAAGAUUUAUUAUGUUUCAUUUAGGAUCUUAUUUUUGUUAGCCAAACUUGAGGCGUAUCAUCUUAUUAUGAAAAAAUGGAAGAGAACAACUUCCCCAGUA